GACACCAAGGUCGCUGUGGUACCUGAGAUCUGUCGCAAGAUGACGUCUCAUUCUUAGUUCGGGACCAACAGUGGUGGUAUCUGCACGCGUGCAUAAUUAUCACUAAUACGGAUUGUACACGCGCCGCCGGAGAAACUAAAGAUGUCGACAGCCUUACUCGUACAACCUUCGGGAGAACUCUGGAAGAAGAUCAGGGUAGAAUUGAACGAGGACGUGAGUACCCGGGACCAGGAUCUCGCUGCCAUUAAGGAAUGGUUGAGGAAGCAGCCACAUCUACCUGAUGAAUGGGAUGAUCAGUGCCUAAUGACCUUCCUUCGAGGCUGCAGUUUCUCCUUGGAAAAGUGCAAGAGAAAACUGGACAUGUACUUCACUAUGCGGACUGCAUGCCCUGAAUUCUUCACUAACAGAGACAUUAAACGUCCGGAACUCAAGGAUCUGAUGAAUAGAGGACAAGGCCCAGCAUUACCUGGAUUAACGCCUAAAGGUUACCGAGUCAUUCUUACAAGAGCUCUGGAUAAUAGUCUUGACCCAUCCCAUUUGACAAACGUAUUCAAAAUCGCCAUGAUGAUCGGAGAUAUCAGGUUGAAAGAAGAAUUGGAGGGUGUGGCUGGAGAUGUCUACGUUUUGGAUGCGUCCAUUUUGGUUCCCAGCCACUUGGGGAAAAUAUCGCCUGGUACCAUCAAGAGAUUCUUAAUCUGUGUUCAGGAAGCAUAUCCUGUGAAGCUCAAAGAAAUACACGUGGUGAAUGUAUCACCCCUGGUGGAUGCUGUAAUGAGCAUCGUUAAACCAUUCCUGAAGGAUAAAAUCAAGAAAAGGAUAUUCAUUCACAACUCUCUUGAAACCCUUUACGAAUAUGUGCCCAAAGAUAUGCUCCCAGUGGAAUUUGGUGGAACCAGUGGCCAUCUUGAAGAUAUUCAAAAGGCUUGGGAGAAGAAGCUAGAUGAAUACACAGACUGGUUUCUGGCAGAAGAAUCGGUCAAAGCAAAUGAAGCACUCAGACCUGGGAAACCGACUAACUAUGACGAACUAUUCGGUAUAGAUGGUUCAUUUAGACAGCUGUCUAUCGAUUAAUAUAGAAAAUCAUCAGUAAUAUAAACUAUCGAAUAUAAGUUACUGUAUUGACAGUGACAGACAUUUUUGUUAUGGGUUUUUGGUGUAAAGAAUCAAUUGUGACAAUUUUUACAUCGUACAUUUUACCUACAGAACCUUCAGCGUACGAAACUGGCUACACGUGAUAUGUUAUAUUUUUAAUUAUCAUCAAAAAAGGAGAAGGUCGUAUAAGUAUGUUCGCUGCAUAUCUUUUUUCAUGUAUGCAUUUCGAUGUCUUUCAUUUUCUCUGGGCCAAUUGGCAUGAAUCUUUUUAUUUUAUUUGUAAACGGUUUACA